UCUUUGCAUCACAAGUCUGAGAGUUGGGACGAUCAUAUACGUAUACUGAAGAUAAUUACGGAAAUGUUCCUCCCUCAUGUUGCUUUGUCAGAGCUGGAGGCUGAGUGCUUCUCCAAAAUCUUACCAAAGGCGGUGACAAUGUUUGACAGCAUGAUGAAAGAAAUCUUGGACCAAGUUGGAGGGCUAUCCAGUCAAAAUACUGAACUGUGUUCCUUACUAAGAAAUAUUCUACAGGCAAUGAUGCAGAUAAUUGAUGCUCUGUCCACAUGUGUACGUCACGUUGGCACGUUUGAGGAAGCACCUGACUUAGAAGCCAUCCGCUCGUUACCAACUUGUAUCCUGAAAGUCCUGAGGGAAACAUUUCAGCACUGCAAGGACAGUGAGGUGGUUUACUGUGGCCGUCUGUCCCUGGUGGCUGACCUGCUGCAGGGACUUUUCAAAGAGGCCUACACCCUCCAGAAGGGUCUUUUGGAGCUGCUGGACAGGAUCUCCCUCGAAAGCAGCGCCUCAGAGGAGGAGGUCUCUGAUAUUGUAACAGUGAUUCACAGCCUGCUGGAUAUCUGCUCUAUUAUCUCCAACCUGGACAUAGCACUGCAUGCAAACACAUGGAAAUUCCUCAUCAAACAGAGUUUGAAGUACCAGUCAUUGGUGGAGGAACAUCUGCAUCACUGUGACAUCAGCAGCAGCUUGUAUGACAACCUUUUGGUCUCCUUCCACAACUGUGUGGAGCUGGCUGAACAGAUGAAACAUGCUGGUCUGCAGGAGGAUACACAAAGCCCAGAAUACAAGCUGUUCCAGAAAAGUGCAAAGAUGUGUAGAUUUUUUGCAAAUACUUUGGUUCAUUACAUAAAGGAAUUCAAAUGUUUUCUGACAAAGUAUUGUAGCUGCUUUCACCAACUCUACCUCCAGAUCAUCAGUAAGUUCCCUCCCAGCAUGUGUGCUCCAGCACUGCCCUCGGCUCUGUCUGAGGAGCUGAAAGCAGCAGCUUUGGUUCCCAUGGAGGCCCUCCUGCUCCAGCUGUUGCCUUUAAGGCCUUUCGCUGAAGUUGUCCUCCAGCAGAACCCGCCGUUAAGUCCUGAGCAUGAGCUCCCUCAGUGUCUUUUACUAGUAAAUGUCCUGGGUCAGCUUUCCUCCCAACCAGAGGAGGUGCUGCCGCUUUGGUACACUGGCAGCCAGUUCUCAGAAGAGACACCCAGGCUUCCUCUCUACCAGGCCUUGUUCACUAUUUUCAGGCGAUGCUAUACUGAGCGUCAGGUACCGGUGCUGUUGCCAGGAGUGAUGAUGAAGGGUCAGGCCCAGGUCCAGGUCACCCUGCACCACCACAUCUGUGUGCAGCUUUGUGCCAGUGUGGCUGCACUUCCCCCAGUGUACUUCCCCAUGCUGGAACGUUGUUUGGUCAGUGCUGUACUGCAGGCUGAUACUCAGACAGCUCUACUGGCAACCGAUGUGUGGUGCUUUACAGCCCGGUAUGGGACAGCAGAACUUUGUCUACAUCAUGUCGUCCUCAUUGCUCAGCUGGUGAAAGCUUGCACCACUGAGUGUUACCAGUUGUUCCACCUGGGCCUGCUGCUCAAACGCAUGGUUUUCCUCAUGACGCCGAACCACCAGAUGGAGUUGGUGUCACGUUUCCCACCUUCUGAUGUGGAAAACCUUCCAGUGUGGCGACAUGUCCUCCUCAGAGCUCUUUCUCAUGAUGCCCGUCACCGUGUAGAGACAGACAUCACUGGCUUGGCUCAAAAAGCUCUGACUGACUGGCAGACUGGAGGGCACAAACUAGGACAAGUGAACAAAGUGGCUUUGUUGUGUGUGGAUACUGUGGUGGCUCAGAAGUGUGCAGAUCAGCUGCUGCUUGCUGCUCUGGAGUUCCUCUCCUCCCUGGGGAAGAUCUUUGUACCUCCUGAGAGCCAGAAUCUAAUUCUGCCGAGGCUGAGCAGCCUGUUUGGAGUCCUGCUGUCUGACAGACUCUGGCUGCUGCAUCAGCACGCCCUGGAGGCCUUUUCUCACUUUGCUGAGAUUACAAACCAUGAGGAGGUCAUUUCUCAGAGUUUGUGUGAUGAAGAAACCAAGACGAGGGUCGUGAACUAUCUUAGCAAGACUGUGAAUGCACAGGAAGAUGCAGAGUCACGGCUACAGAGGCUUAAACUGGAAACAGCAGUUAUUGAGCAACACAAUGAGAAGCUGGAGAACAACAAAGAAAAUGCUUUGAACAAUCCCGCUGACACCGUUGUAGAUUCAGAGCCAAGCCCAAAGAGAGCUCGGCAGGAGACCAGUGCAGAGGAGGCGUACAGCCGCUACAUCCAGACAGCUGAGAGUGCUUUGAAAGCCCUUCAGGCUCUCGCGGAGGGUAAAGCCCACACUACUGCGCCACCUCCACAGUGGCUGGAGUCCAGACUACAACAACUGCAGACCAUCAUAACCCACAUCAGUACAGCCAGACACACAACCUAGCUGUUCCAGUUUGUUUUAUAGCGCCAAAUUGUUUACACUAUGUAUAGAAAAACUAUUUAAUCACAGUCUGGGCCUGUGGAAGUCAGUAUACACUUUACUGCUGCUGAACUUUUUAAACCCGUCUGUGGUCAGUGUUUGAUUGAUGUUGUUUAUUAAACUUGUUUGAAUACAAA